UCUGCAUCAAAGGGCUAGGUGGUUGAGCCGCUGAAGGAACGAACAGCUGCGGGAACAAACAGAGAGGCAAAGAGAAGAAGAACUGACUGAGGCACAACAAUAUCCCAGCGGUAUCCCACGACUUCGCUCCACUACAUUGUCACGUGAAGGAACCCAAGAUGAAAUACCACUUAAAAUGAGGAGGUAAAAUGGCAGCCAAGGAAAAGUCCCCAUCAAUGAAGCAAUGAUGACGUGAGGAGCUAAUCCGAAUGAGCAGUUAAAAUGGCAGGAGGUCUGACAUUCGCAGAAGUGCCACAGGAUGCAGCUAAAGAAAGAGCUUCUAAGUCCCAGUUUAGUUCCAGAACUAAUAUGGAAUCAAAAAGUAACAUAGGGUCCCGAUCCAACGUGGGGUCUAGAUCCAAUGUGGGUUCCAGAUCAAAAAUAGGAAUGAGAAAGCGACAACAAUAUAUGGCAGGGAAGCUAGCUGCUUUUCAAUCUCCUGUUGGUACAUUUAUUACAAUAAUGAUGUGCCUGAUCCUUUUUUUCGCCACCAUUGGAGCUGUUGCUUUUUAUCAUGAGCGAUCAAAAAAAAUAGUCUCCCUACGAACAGCAGUUGCAAAGAUUAGGGAGUUUAUGAUCAAAAAGCAACCAUCCCUCAAACGCAAGAAUGAUUCUGUAAUACUUAAGGCAGCUCAGAAGUUGGCAGAAGAAUUGCUUGUAUGGGAUGCCAAAGCACGUGAAGUACAAGCUGGAAUUGAUGAGAUUCAUGCAAAAAUGCAGUUAAAGUGGAUCCACCACAAAGGGGCCCUCUAUUUCCUUGAAAACAAUGAAAGGACAUGGGAAGGUGCAAGAGACUUUUGUGAAGAUGAAAAAGCCAUGUUGAUUUGUAUUGAAACUCAAGCUGAGGAGGAAUUCAUAGAGAAACAAGUCUUUCCUACAUACAAAGACCAUUGGGUUGGAGUCUAUAAUACUGGGGGAUGGAAAUGUAUUGAUGACCAGGCACCUAAAAGCACAUUCUGGAGGACUGGUAUGCCAAGCCUGACCGUGCCAAAUCCCUGUGUCUAUGUAAUAGGUUUCUGCCGGGAUUCAAGAGGCUGUUGGGAAGACACCAACUGCAGGGUCCGAAAACGGAGCAUAUGUAAGAAGAAGCCUGAUAAAAGAUGGUACACAUGAAGCCCUUGAAACUGGACUCCACAAUCUCUCCACUAAAACAAAGACAAUGCAUCGAUCCCUCCUUUAAAGAGUCAACUAUCCAGGUUGUGGAAUUAGGCCAUUUAUGAGCUCAAGUCUUUGACAUCAACAGUCAAAAGCACUUUAUCAAACCUGGUUCCUCCAUGCUGGAAAAAAGACACUUUAUUUUGCAACCACAAAAACUUGGACCUCCAAUAAAAUAAAGUGUGGAAGAGUUCAGUCAUAGCCUGCUUCGAGUUGCAAUAAAUUAAUUUGGUAAAUCUA